UUGGCUUCAGGUUGGCGUCUCGGGAUCCAGAGCGGUUUCUGCUGCUUGCGAUCGUUCAGAAAUUUCCGCGCCAAGAACUGCGAAUCGGGGCCGAAGUAGUGGCGAUGUCCUCGGUGCAGGUGCUUUACCCUCCCAAAAUCCACCACAGCGUGCUCAGCCCGAGCUUCCCCAAAGAUGAGCCGGCUCAGGGGAAGGCGACCUUGGAGACGCGCUAUCACCUGGGAGCCUUGAUCGGCAGCGGGGGCUUCGGCACGGUGUACGCAGGAACGCGGCUCAGCGAUUCCCUUCCGGUGGCCAUUAAGUAUGUUGCCAAGGAUCGAAUCUUGCAGUUCCACCAUAUGAAUGGCACAUUAGUCCCACUUGAAGUCCUGCUUCUGAAGAAGGUGUCGUCCUCAGGUUGCCGAGGCAUUAUCCGCCUCCUGGAUUGGUUUGAGGAAACUGACUCAUACCUCAUUGUUAUGGAGCGCCCCCUCGUGUAUCAAGACCUGUUUGACGUGAUCACAGACCGGGGCCCGCUCCCCGAAACCGUGGCUGUCAGUUAUUUCAAGCAGGUGGUUGAAGCGGUGCACCAUUGCCACUUGUGCGGUGUGUUGCAUCGGGACAUCAAGGAUGAGAACAUCCUGGUAGACCUUCUGCAUGGUGAACUGAAGCUCAUAGACUUUGGCUCUGGCGCCUUGCUCCGGGAUUCUCCAUACACAGACUUUGAUGGCACCCGUGUAUACAGUCCUCCUGAAUGGAUAAAAUAUCACCGGUACCAUGGCCUGCCUGCCACUGUGUGGUCGCUGGGUGUGCUUCUCUAUGAUAUGGUGUGUGGGGACAUCCCUUUCGAACGUGAUGAAGAGAUUCUUCUCGGGAGACUCCACUAUCAUUGCAGGGUAUCCACAGAUUGCCGUCACUUGAUUGAGUGGUGCCUCUCUCUGGUCCCAGAGAAGCGACCUUCCCUGGAGCAAAUCCUGGCACACCCCUGGCUGCUCACCACCCUGGAGCACAGUGGGCGCAAAGCACAGCAGCAGCCCACAGUCUCUAAAGCAGGCACUAGCCUGUGACUAUUGAUACCUCCGGACAGCAUUGGGGUGGGCUUGGCACAGACUGUGGACAAAAUUACUCUUGGCCUCUCCUUCACCAACAGGCUGAUUGUCAAGCGGCUGCCCUGGCACAUACUUUGCCACUGGAGAGGGGGCAAGGGGUGACUCGUGAAAACCCAGGUCAAUAGCAGCAACCCUGCAUAGCAUAACUAGACAGUGGGGCCUGGCUCACCACCUUACCAAAGGUAAUACUACAGACCAAUGGGCACUGCUCUGUUUACAGAAGGACUCCCUGCUUAUCCCAUGCACUGGUGAGGCACAGAAGAUUGGCACCAAGCAAGCAACAUCUGAAGGCUGUGUAGUGCUUUUUUUCUGCCCCCUGCACUCUGGGAUGGGCACUGGAGCCUGAAGGAGCUUGGAACUUCCCUGAAGAACCAGGACUGGAUGAACUUUUCAAUGUAUUACAGAUAUGGUGAUAUGUCCCUUGCAGGCGCCAGCUUUUAUUUAUUUAGCAUGAUGUUCCUUUGGGGACUGGCUGUUCCAUGCUGUGCUUAUGCUAAGUAUCAUGCGCCUGUCUACUGUCCAGUCAGAAAAGUGACAUUGGAUGCUGUGACCUCUGAUCCCUCUGCCCCAUCUUGCCAUUCUUGGCCAGCCAUUCCACAUCUGAAUCCAGCUCCAAAAGAUAGGCCUGUGGGCUGAGGGGAUUUUUUUUUAGGGGGGUGGGGGUGCAACGUAGCAGAAAUGCAAAAGAAACACAACUAUGUGGAAAAUUUAAAAUUCCCAACUCUUGACAUUUUAUAGUGAUGAGGACUUUGAGUUGAAUAAUGUGAUCUGGAAAUCCUGACAGAAUGCUGCAGAUUUUUGGAGACUGCUCCAUUUUGGUUUCUAGUACUUGGUUCUUUUCUCUUGAUUUUUUUUUCCCUAGCUCCUCAUCCUGGAGAAGCUUGAAGUUGUAUUCCGCCAGGAUGUACAGAAACACACCUGUGGAUAGGUUUUCCCUCAGCCUGCUUUUUUCCUAGAAUAAACUGAGGGGACAACAGGAGGUUGUGAUCUUGACCUAGAAUUUAGGGAGCAUGUAGCCUUAAGUUCUCAAAAACAGUGGCCCUUUUAAUGUGAAUUGGUGCCUUGAAGGAGGGUAGUAGCCUUAUAAAUGCCACACUUUGCCGAUAAAGAAUGUAGAUUUCUUCAAGUGUUAGGAUAACUACUGGGGCCCAAUCUCGACAGGUUUUGGAAGCUUUUCUAGCUUGAGUGGGAGAGGACAUCUACUGAGGAAGUUUUCAUAUUACAUCACUAUAGAAUUCCUGUUUUGCUAAUUCUUUGGGGAAAAUGGAUCCUGACUCUUUGGACAAUUAAUUAGAGGGGGGAGGUUGGAGUCUUAUCCUGGCCUUCAGGUAGACAAAACCCUAUAUCACCACUGCUUAGUUGAGCAACCUUUGAGUGCCUUAAUGGGUUUUCUGGCACUGCCUCUUUAGGACACAGUCACACCAGCAGGGAAUGGGGCAGGAUACUAGCCAGGAAAGGAUGCCGUAAGAGCCAGGAUCCAGCCUUGGGAAGCCCCAGCAUCAAUUUCUGAGCCUGCCUUCUUUGGCAAUGUAACCGAAAAGUAUUUAUAUUGCAGUUCAGGAUCUGAUUUGUGUAUUUGUGGAUUUUUUUAUUACUGUGUCUGAUGUACACACCUGUGCAUUCAUAUAACCUUAUGAUGCCUUGCCUGUUUAAGGCUCCAAUAACAAAACCCUUUCUGGGAUUAAAAGACUUUU